AUGAUAAAAACUCAGUACAAGGAUUUAUAUGAGUGGAAAUACACAGACAAUAGUAACUAUUGCACAGUAGAAUUCAAUUUUCCAGAGGAAUUUAAUGCCGAUUGCAUUGAAUAUAAGUUAAAUGAAGAAAAAACAGCAAUUAUAGUUACAAUACCACAAUAUGUUCCAAUAGUUUGCGGUUUACUCUUUGCAAAAGCUUUAGGAAUCGAAGCAUCCAUAAACAAUACAACAUAUACCUUUAAGAUAUUAAAAGAAAAGAAUGAGCCUUGGCCAAUUCUGAUCAAAAUGAUCCAUCCUGAGUUCCAAAUGGUUGAUCCAAAGUCUGCAUUCCUUAUUUUCCAACAAUUAAGUUCUGUUCCCGAUGAUGAAAAUUCACAUAAAUUAGCUUAUCAAUUCCUCGAAAAUUCUGCACGUGUUGGAUACUUAUAUGCCUUGCAAGUCCUCGGUGGAAUAUACCUUGAUACAGAAAGCCGUGAGAAAGAAGGAAUGGCUCUCUUAAAACAAGGAGCUGAUCAAUACAACGAACCAUUAUGCUGCUUCCAAGUUGGCCUUCUCUAUGCAACACGCUAUGGCGACGUCGAAACAGGCAUUCAGUACUUAAUUCGUUCUGGUGAAGGUGGAUAUGGUGUUGCUUACUUCACACUUGGACAAAUAUACUCACCGAUAUCAAACUUUCAAUACGAUCAUAAAGAUGCCAAAAAGGCAAUGGAAUAUUUCAAUUUAGUACAAGAAGAACACAUAUCUCCAGCUCUUCUCACAGAAAUGUCUCAAUUUUACGAGCAGGGACUUGGUGUAGAGAAGGAUUUAAAGAAAGCCGAAGAAUUACGUAAUAGAGCAAACGAUUUACUUCAAAAAAUAAUGGAAGAUGCCAAAUCUAAACAACAAGACCUAUCAAAUGAUCAGGAAGUACAACAAGAUGUGCAAGUUGCACAAGAGCAACCAAAAUCAGAGAUUUCUACUGCCCAAACAAUCGGAUUGGUUGGAGCCGUGUCUGCUUUUGUCGUAGGUUUCGGAUACAUGGUCUACAAGAGACUAUCUAAGUAA